GCCGAUGAAAGAUUUAUUACCACCAUCUUUCCUUCCGACGAGGCACCUUUCCCCUCCGUGUUUCUCACCAUCACAACUGCCAGCAUCUCUGGGGUUUAGUGGUUUGACCACAGCCAUUUUGGUUUCUUCUAUUGUUGAUCAGAUAUUCUUCUCACCCCUAUACUUACCACCAUGGGUGUCAUGCGUCUGCCUCGCCCCACGGGCGUCUAUGUGCCGAGCUCCCCCACUCGCAGUCUCACAAGCGAGAUCAUCUCUUCUCCUCUGUCUCCUACGUUCAACUUCGAUUCAGAGACAUUGACUCCUUCCAUACUUCCCGCGCUUGAAUACAUUUCUUUGAAGUUGGAGCAAAAGAUGAUGCACGUCACUCUCCUCGUCGGUCGUGGGAAGCCCUACCCGACAGGGAAACCGUCCGACCUCAUUGUCAUUCCAAUCACCCCCCUGGAUGCAACGGCUUGGCGGAUUAUGUACCGCACAGUAGCCAAGGGGGCCAGCAAAUUCUCUCUGGGCCAAAGCUGGACCGAUGCCCUCAACCGCAGCCAGUACGAGCGUCAAGCCCACGACUACCUGAUCCAGCAGUCGAUCAUGCAAAACGAAGUGAUCUUCAGCCGGGAAGGCCUGACUCUGUUGAACUUGGAUCGCAUCUACACCUUCAAGCGCAGACUAUGCAUCCUCUCCCAGCGAGGAACAUUCCCCGAAGAAUCAUACAUCUCAUCCUGCGCACAACUCCUCCACCGCACCAUCCAAGACUUCCAUGGCCGUCCAUUCAGCAGGGCCUUCUUCCACCGCGUCUAUGAGCAGCUAAAUGUACCCGACGACCUUCUGACCCGGGUGGCCACCUCUUUCCAGAAGGAAUACAAGCAAGAGGGUAUCAUCGUCCCUCCUCGACCAAAGGCUGAGCAUUCUCUUCGGAAGUCACCGCUUCGCGCGGCGCGGGCAGCUCGUCGCCAGAACCCUCCUCCGACGAGAUACAUGAUGCCGACCAAACGCGGACCGAAGACCCCACUGUCCGCAUCGGAUGUCACCCCUAUCACUCGGAAUGAGUGGAAUAUGCUCAAAACCGACUUGCCCACGGCAAAGGCGACCGUGACGAAAUGGACUCCGUCACCCACUGUCAUGGCUGCGGCGUGAACGACUAGUUUUAUCGCUUGGUUGAUGUCAAGCGGUGACAAAAUUUCCCCGAAAGGUCCCACGGGCCUGGCACAAUGCACGGCUAUUGCAAACAAUCUCGCAAUCGGAAUGCCCUCACAUUUUGAAACUUCAGGGUAAGGCUGACUGGCAACCAACAUGAUACACCGGAUAUGCUAACCGACACGAUCAGGUCCCAGCUCCCAACCUCGGAAUGCUGAACACCCCACCCUUCAUCGGACCCGCCAGCCAUAGCCGGUUGAGUGGAGUUAUCCGAGCGAUGUCGGCAAAUUGGCCAACUGGGCGUAGUGACCACUCGC